UUCAAAGCAUUGCAUGGCGAUGUAGCUCGAGCGAAGGGACGAUGUAGCACUGUUCCCGUCAUUUGUUUGUGUGUUUUGAGAGGAUAUAUGCACGUGAAAUUGUACAUAUGUGGAUUUUAAACUAUAACAGGACUAGAAGGUUACGUGGAUUGCAAGGGUAGCGCAAAAUGGCGAACUGCUUCGCUGAGAAACUCACCGGAGUUUCAUCGUGGAUGAGGAUUUACUUGAGUCUACAAACGGCCCUUGCGCUAGUCGGAGCCACAGUCCCCCACUUCAGUCAGUUUUACUUCACCGUGGAGCCGCACGACCUGAUCGUGAAGAAAGGCUCCAAGUCGCUCCUCAACUGUUCCGCCUACCACGGCGAGACCACCCCCAACAUACAGUGGAUGAAAGAUGGCAACUACUUAAAUUUUGAAAAUUCAGAUCGGAGUUUAUUAGCAAAUGGAUCUUUAUAUUUCAACCAAGUCCAGCAUUCUAAAACAGCCCAUCCAACUGACAAGGGCACCUACCAGUGUACAGCCACUGUCGAUGGAUUUGGAACCAUCGUCAGUCGGAAAGCUGAUCUGGAUAUUGCAUACUUGUCGAAACAUUUUAUAAAAGAGCCCGAGGACUUGGUGGUGUAUCUUGGAGAUACAGCCAUGUUUUCUUGCGAGAUUGAAGGGGUACCACACCCGAAAGUCAGGUGGAUAAAAGCUGGGAGAGCCCUCGCAAAAGCAGACAAUAUAUACCAGUAUGAUGAUGGUAUUUUAGAAAUAUAUCCUGUGAGAUUUGCAGACUUCGGGGCCUAUAGCUGUGAAGCUAAAAAUAUGGAGAGGUCUCGAACGAGCCGAGUAGCCUCACUACGUCAGAACCCCAACACAAAUAUAGAAGAAGGUGUCGCUCCUGAAUUUGUGAUGAGGCCCAAAGAUCAUCGUGCGGACUACGGAACGACUGUUGUUCUCCACUGUGGCGCCAACGGGAGGGACGUGAAGGAGGAGACACCCACGAUAAAGUGGCUGAAGGAUGGAGUCACCAUUGCUUUAGCAAACACCAAGAGUGCAAGGAUAAAGAAGGUUGGCAGUGGAAGCCUGCAGAUCACAACGUUGAAGGAGAGUGAUGGGGGCGUCUACACGUGUCGGGCUGUCAACCAGGAAGACAGCAUCGAUGCAGACACCAUGUUGACAGUAUUAGUUCCUCCCAGAUUUGUGAAGAGGCCAGCCAAUGUAUUUGCCCACACCAAUUCCGAUGUCAAAUUUGAAUGCAACAUAUAUGGAGUGCCUAAUCCCAGAAUCACUUGGCUAAAGAACGGCGAUGUGCUCUUUCCAAGUGACUACUUCCAAAUAGUCGAUGGCAAAGACUUAAAAAUACUUGGCCUCGUAAAUUCGGAUGACGGCAUUUAUCAGUGUUUUGGUGCAAACGACCUCGGCAACGUACAAGCGAGUGCGCAGCUUGUGAUUCUGCAACCUGACGUCCCCCUCCCCACCACCCCCUCUCUGUACCCCCUCAUUCAUCCAGGAGCUCUUCACGCCGACGCCAAGAACCUACCCACCGCGCCUAUCAACCUCCGAGCCGUCCUGGUGUCCACUAGAUUUGUUACGUUGUCAUGGCAACCGCCAGCGGGGAGCAUUCCAUCCGACAUCAUCGCCUACUCCGUAUUCUGGCAGGAAAAAGGAUCAGAAAGGGAGCGUGUGACCAACACGACAACCACGGAGGCGAACAUCCAGCAUCUGAAGCCACACACAGAGUACGAGUACCGCGUGAUUGCCUACAACCGGUUCGGGGCUAGUCGACAGGAGGCCAGGAUCACCGUCACUACUGACCAAGAAGUGCAUGUUCCUAGCCCGCCUGUCAACCUCCGAGCCGUGGCCAUGACCCCCACCUCCAUCAAGGUCAACUGGAACCCCCCAGUGGAGAGCAAGGGCCGGAUCUCCCACUACGUUCUCAUCUACUACGAGGUCGGCUCGGACUCCGAGAAGGAGGUGUCAGUGUACACCACAGAGCAUGUCCUCAAGAAACUCAAGAAGUUCCGCGAGUACAGCCUCCGAGUGGUGGCGCACAACCAAAACGGUCCCGGAAUGAGUACUGAAGAAUUUGUGUCAAAGACAUUUUCAGACGAACCUAGUGCCGCGCCCCAGAACUUCACUCUGGAGGUAUCCAGUGCCACGAGGAUCAUUGUCCGAUGGGAACCGCCUGCCUUGGAUAACCGGAACGGAAUCAUCACCGGCUACAAGAUCCGCUACAAGCGGCGGGGCACCAAGCAGGGAAAGACCGUCACCACGGACGGAAACAGAAACAACUACGCACUCACAGAGCUGCGUAAGGGGACUGAGUAUCAGGUUAGGAUCUCGGCUUUGACCGUCAAUGGAUCGGGUCCAGCCACGUCCUGGGAACACGUGACCACCUACCGAGAUGACCUAUCAGAAAACCAAGUACCACCUCGGCCUGCACGGUUGUCUGUGAAGCCACGGGCUAACUCCAUCAUCGUCACAUGGGCGCCGCCGCCAUCCGACUCCAAGAUCCUGGUUCGAGGCUAUGUGUUGGGAUAUGGCAAAAAUCUCCCCGAUGUGUACCGCUCCACGUUUGACGCCAACACUCAUGACUAUACAAUACAGAAUCUCCAGCCGGUGUCGGAGUAUGUGAUUUCUAUAAGAGCAUUCAACAAAGAAGGAGAAGGAGAAGUGAAAUAUGAGACAGUCACCACAAUGGAAGAGACAAAGGAACCUGCCACGCCCAUGAUGCCUCCGAUUGGUCUCAAGGCCAUUGUCCUGUCCCCGUCGACCAUUGUGUUGACAUGGGCAGAUAACACCCUUGGGAAGAGUCAGAAAAUAACGGAUAACAGAUAUUACACUGUGAGAUACACACCGCUACCUAGCCACAACCGUAGACCCAGGCAGCUCAACUCCACCGAUCUUAACGCCCAUGUUGAUGGUCUCAAGCCAAACACACAGUAUGAGUUCUCUGUCAAGGUCAUCAAAGGUCGCCGACAGAGCACGUGGAGUAUGAGUGUGAUCAACACUACGCAAGAAUCAGCGCCUGGUUCGGAGCCGAGAGACUUGACCCCAGUGGCUGUGGAGGGCAACCCCCUCUCUGUCACACUCAACUGGCAACCCCCCCAGAAACCAAACGGUUUAAUCACAGGGUACUUGAUAUUUUACACAACGGACUCCAACCAGGCCGACAGAGACUGGGUGUUGGAGGGCGUGGUCGGAGAUCGGUUGUCUACUGUGAUCAGUGAUCUCACCCCGGACACGACCUACUAUUUCAAGGUUCAAGCUCGGAAUCGGAAAGGCUAUGGACCAAUGUCGGAAACCAAGAUCUACAAAACACCAAAAAUGGACAGAGCAGCGAUGACGGAUUCCGACGAACAGGGUGGCCUGUCCAUGAACAUCAUCAUCAUCAUCAUUGCGGUUGCCGUGGGAAUAAUAUUUUGCAUCGUCAUCAUCGUGGUUGGUGUUCUGCUGUGCAAGAAGCGUGACGCUCAGCGCCAGGAUAUAAGAAGCUACAAGUCCCCAAACAAGCCCCUGAAGGGGAUGCCCAAGGAUGUGAAGCCCCCAGACCUGUGGAUCCAUCAACCCAACCACAUGGAGAUGGGCAAGAUGGACAAGUCCCAGCGCAGCGAGUCCAACAUGUCCGUCGCCACCAGCACGCUACGUCGGUCAUCGCGAGGCUCCUCUGACCGGCUGGACGAGUUCCCUCCAGGGCUGGACAUCAUGGACAAACGGAGAAACUCUUUUGUUGGAGAGAGUGGGUACCCCUCGAGUGGGGAAGAAAGAUACCAACCGGCACAUCAGAGGAGCAUCGUCCGUCCGAAACCCAUCACCAUCCCAGUGGAUGCACAGCCUCUACAGAAAGAACCGGUUGCCACAGUAACAGCAUUACCAAAUGGUCACAUUACCCAAAUGAUUGACCCGCGAGACGUCGGAGGUCAUCCCAUGCGACCUGUGUACCCUCGAACCCAGUACAACACUCAGUACACUUCAACGCCCCGCGUCAACGCCGGAGAUAUACCUCAGUCAAGCUCAAGCCCUAUCUCACCUGAAUCACCAACCCAAUAUGAUCAGCAAGCAAACACAUUCGCUGAGUCGACAAGUGGGGUGGUCUCGUCAGAGGCCUUGAAGGUUUCACUGGGGCGCACCCCCAACCCGCUGCGGAGUUUUGCUCUCCCUGGCCCCCCUUCCCCAGGAGCUACCCCACCCAGACACAUAGUUAAACCACAGCCUAACCUUAGUCCUUACAAGAAGCCCACUCCGCCUAUCACGACCGGACCCAUCAAGUCUCGGUCACCUCUCCCACUGAUCACCUCCAAAGCACCGGACGUGACGCUCAAAGCGGGGAAAUCGGGAAAAGAAGACAAUGGCAUGGAGAAAUCUCUGAGUACGGAGGAGCUGACGGCGGAGAUGGCAAACUUGGAAGGCCUGAUGAAAGAUCUGAAUGCCAUUACACAACAGGAGUUUGAAUGCUAACAACGAUGGGUGGGCCACUAGAGCGUGUUGAUAUUGUUAUAUAUAUGUAUUUAUAUGACAAUACUACUGUGAGAGGACACAGCCCCAGCAGUGGCUUUCUAUUGGAUGUGUAGUCAGGUUACUAUGACGACAGCAUUUAUAGUACACGGCAUACGUGUACUACUCGCCGGACAACUUGUUAUACGAUAUGGACUCCAGAGCAGAGACGAAGAUAUUUCUUCAAAAUUUCAUAAGUCAUUUCUGCUGAAGGGCUCAAGAAAAGAUUUCUGCGUGUGGACUGUGUGGGAAUGGAACACUAAUACAGUGAGGUUUGAAGUUGACUUUUCACAGCAAAGGGAUUACAUUCACAAGCAAAGAUUAUUGGCCGAUUUUCUGACGUAGUUGAUCCAGUUAUCUCCCUUUGCUUUGUAACACAUUUCCAUUGUCGUGUCGCUGCCUGUUUGGUUGUGAAGUUCUGUCAAGCUGUAGUGGAAAAUGUCACGUCUGCAGUAUUAGCAAAGGGAGAUAAUUCUGAGAGAAGACAGUGGUGCUAUUUGUGUCACAACUACCCAGAAUGUCUGUCAGUUGAAGACUUGGAACAACAGCAACUGCCUUAUGAACAAACACUUUGUACAUGUUUUAGAAGUGCUGGCCAACUAGCUGAGCAAUAUAUGAUCAACUGCUGAAUUUCUUUCAAGUCAUGAAAAAUACCAUAUUUCUUUGGAAUGUUUGAGUUUCUCAAUAAAGUAAAAAAUAUAUCCACGGGAAUAUGUGCUUUUCUAGAUACAUGUGUUCUAAGGUAUUAUAUUCUAACUGUUUGAACAAGAACUUUAAUUGGGUUGGCCUAUUAGGGACUAAAGUCAUAUUUCCCUCAUUUUGAAUUAGCGAAAUAAUAAUAUAUCGCCAAAGUUUGAAGGAAAGUACUAUUGUAGGCAAGAAAUAUUUUUUUUCGCAAAAAAGACACUAUUGAAAUAAUCAUAAAAUGGAGAAUUUAUCCAGGAAAAAAGGUUUAGUGCUUUAAAUAUGUAAUUGGAGAAUUUUUAGAUAUAAAUGAACAAACUACGCAAUGUUAUGACAACUCGAACACUUUAAAGAAAUAUGGUUGUCAAUAGCUUGGACAGAGAUAUUCCAAACAUAGGUCGGUACAACAGCGAAGCCGUUCAAGGGUUGGAACAUGAAUAUUCAUGAGGUUCAUUAUGCAUACUGGAUCAGAACAUUAUUAUUGAGGGUGGACAGGUAUUUACAUCCCACAAUAAUUAGGUAAUUGAACCAUUGACUUACUUGAAGCUGAAGUAUGACAAAUUGAUUUCAACCCCAAAUAUCAAGUUUUAUAGAAAAAGAAUAACGGGGUCAAAAUACAAAGUUCUCAAAAAAAGACAUUUUGACCUGACAAGUAAGACCCAGCGUCCGUUUGAACCGACCUGAAUAAGUCACGAGCCUCCCUCUGGACCGCUCCGCUGUUAAGAUGAAGCACCCUUCACCUUUGUAUCAAUAUCUAGAAGUAGAGGGCCAAAACCAAAUAAAUAUUUGUCAGCUUGUGUUUACUUAUAGUUGACUAACGAUCUUCCACCACAGCCCUUGUGUUUUGUCCAAUGCCAAAGUACGUAAGGCACACCCAUUUUGUAUGAAAUUGCUUUCCUGCAUCAUGACUUGUACAUAAGGUUCUCUAUGUGUAUUGAACAUUUAAAGCUACAUGACCAUGAAGCCUGCCUGUAGCAGAAAUAGUUGCUGUGCUGAUAUCAUUGUUGUCUUCACUUUAAAGUCCAUUUUGUUGUUGUUUAUGCAAGUUCUGCAUUCGACUGAAUAAGCGCCCAGGGCACUCUCAAAAUUAGAAAUAUGGGGCUUGUAUUAGAAUAUAAUUUUGGUGGGAAAAAAAGAGCUGAAAGAUCAUAAAUGUUGUUGUUUAUGCUGACAGCCUUAAUGAUACAAAGGAAAGUCUGUGCGUAUUAUACACAACAAAUAUAUAUUUCCUGAAUUUAAUAUCCCAUAAUUAAGAGUGCAUAUAACACACAAGUGUGUAUAAUACAUGAAUGAAUAAGUCUUGUAUACGUUGAUCAAUUUGAAGGGGUGCUGAUUGGGAUUGUUCACUUGCCAAUAUAUUAGCAAAUUUCGUCGUGGGCCUUUAUUAGAGCAGGGCGCUUAUUACGUCGAAUACAGUAUUUGGAAAGUGAUUAUUUUAAGAUGCAAAGUGUGAAUAUUCAUAUACUUUGUACUAAUGGUCAAAAUUACUAUGCGGUUUUAGUUGCAUUGAUACCUUUGUAUUUUUACAAGGUCAACAAAUAAUUAUUGUGAUUUUUUCAAAUAGUUUUUAUUACAUUUUUAUGACUGCAAUUCAUUGUCAUCAUCUUUUACCCCUCGUAUUAAUCUAUUAUUUAUGCCAUAUGAACAAAGUGAAAAUUACCUCAAACAUAUACAUUUUUCUCUAGUGUUGAUUAAGCAUGAAACUGUAUUUGAAAGUUUUAUUUUGAAUAUAAUGUACAGAAAAUAAUGUUGAAUAAUUUUAGAAAGAAAUGUGAAUUGUGUAUACAUAGAAAGAGACUUAAUAGCUUUGAAGGCUCUUUGAAAAUGUUUCGAAAUCACCAUGCAGUGUUCUUAUGUUUAAUUAUUCUGUUGCAACUCAGUACAUGAUGGUCAACGAUGGGCAACUUCCGUCUCCGACUGUCUGGCAGUACUUUAAAGUGUUGAACUGUUCUUGACCAAAGAAGCAUCUAUUUAUUUGACAUCAACCAUACUUUUUUCCGAUGUUCAUGAAGUUUCAACCCUUAAGAAUCUGAACUGUUGGAAAAAACGAUUGACAGUGUUUCAUCUCAACACUUUUCAGAUUUAAAUAUUGAUAUGAAAAGAAAUUGCAUUGUAUGGUAUCUCAUUCUUCGUGUUGGGUGAAAUAUUUUCUCUUUGAAGAGUCUUGACAGGAAUUUUGUCUGUUGCUGAGAUAAUUUAGUUGUUUUGAUAGGCUGCGCCUUAACUAUGACAGCAGUUUCGAGAAGAAAUUGUACAUUUCUGCCACUGGUUUCCAUAGAAACAACUUAUGUAUUGUGAGGGUGAACAUGAAACAUUUGAUUAAGUAGUGCAAUCAAAUGCAUAUUUUGUUAUAUGCAUGCAAAAAACCCAGAAUAACCUUCUUGCCCUAUAUGAAAGUGAAACAAAAUUUAUUUGGUGAGAAUGACCUUGGUAUAUCAAGGCCGUAGUUAACUUUUUUUGACAGGGGGGGCAAAUAUUUGUACAAGUAUCACUUGUCCCCAACUUCAUUCAAAUAAAA